AAAUUAUCGGAUUUGCUUUGCAGUUUUGGUGGAAGAGGAGGUGGGCGAAACUUUCCGCGUGGAGCUCCAGGAGGUGGUAGGGGUGGAAUGAAAGGCGGAAAAAAAGUCAUCAUCGAGCCUCAUCGUUAUGAAGGCGUAUUUAUCGUAAAAGGCAAGGAGGAUGCAUUGGCUACACGAAAUAUGGUUAUUGGCGAUUCAGUUUAUGGUGAGAAACGUGUUACAGUUGAAGACGAAAAAGGAAAAGUGGAAUAUCGUAUUUGGAAUCCUUUUCGUUCGAAGUUGGCUGCGGCCAUGUUAGGAGGUUUAGAGAGCGUGCACAUUGAACCCGGCACAAAGCUUCUGUAUUUGGGUGCUGCUUCAGGAACUACUGUUUCGCAUUGUUCUGAUAUGGUGGGACAGGAUGGUUUAGUAUACGCUGUGGAAUUUUCUUAUCGAUCUGGUCGCGACUUGAUAAAUGUGGCUAAAAAACGACCCAAUAUUGUUCCAAUCAUUGAAGACGCUCGGCACCCUCAAAAGUACCGGAUGAUCGUAGGAAUGGUUGAUACAAUAUUUUCCGAUGUAGCUCAACCGGACCAAGCACGUAUUGUUGCUCUUAAUGCUCACAAUUUUUUAAAGAGCGGGGGUCACGCCGUUAUGUCUAUCAAGGCUAAUUGUGUUGAUUCAACUGCUGAGCCUGAAGCAGUUUUUGCUGGAGAAGUGAAUAAAUUAAAGCAGGAGAAGUUUAAGCCUCGGGAGCAAGUUACUUUGGAACCUUAUGAGAGAGACCAUGCUGUUGUAGUAGCUGAAUAUAGAGCUAAGAAAAAAAGCGGUAUUAAGUGA